AUGCCCACUGAGGCCGAGGAUGUUCGGGCCGCUCUCCUCUGGGCCCCAGAGCACCAGAUCGACCUCGCCGUCAAAGGUGGCGGCCACUCGGUCGCGGGCACCAGCUCGUCCGACGGCGGCCUGGUGAUUGACCUGUCCCUCAUGAACUCCGUCUCCGUGGACCCAGCGGCCAAAACCGUGACGGUCGGCGGCGGCGCCACCUGGAAGGAGGUCGACGAGGCCGCUGCCGCGCACGGGCUGGCCGCCGUGGGAGGCACCGUCAACCAUACCGGGGUGGGCGGGCUGACCCUGGGCGGGGGGUAUGGCUGGCUCAGCGGCCAGUACGGCCUCACCAUCGACAACCUGCUCUCGGCAACGGUCGUCCUGGCCACCGGACAGGUGGUGACAGCGUCCGCGACGGAAAACGCCGACCUCUUCUGGGGCCUCCGCGGCGCCGGGUACAACUUUGGCGUCGUGACGAGCUUCACCUUCCGGGCCCACGAGCAGCCCAACCCCGUCUACGCGGGGCUGCUGGCCUUCCCCCCGGACCAAGUCGAAGCGGUCAUCGAGCAGCUCAACCGCACCCUCGAGCACCCCGACCCCCGCAGCGGCGCCAUCUGCAUCUUCGCCCAGCCCCCCGGCGCUCCCGUCCCCAUGGUCAACGUGAUCGUGUUCUACAACGGCACCCAGGCGCAGGGCGAGAAGCGCUUCGCGGGUCUGCUGGCCCUCAACCCCGUCGUCAACACCACCGCCACGAUCCCCUACUCCCAGGUCAACGCCCUCCAGAACCCGAUGGCCACCUACGGCGGCCGCAAAUCUUUCAAGGGCGUCUUCUUCCACCCGCCGCUGGCCCCGUCGUUUGCGCGCAGCAUGCUGGACGACCUGACCGCCCGGCUGCAGGCCGAGCCCGAUCUCGCCGCGUCGGCCCUCCUGCUCGAGUUCUACGAUAUGCGCGCCAUCUGUGCCGUGCCGCGCGAGGCCACGGCGUUUGCCAGCCGCAGUUGGACGCAGAACGGACUGAUCAACCUGCGGUGGACCGAUGCGCGCAAGGACGGGGAGCACCGGGCCUGGGCGCGCGAACGGCAGGCGCGCUGGAAAGCCGAGUUGGACGCCCGGGUGCAGGAGGGGGUCCCGCAGUACAUCAACUAUGCCGAGCGUACGUCUCUUCAUCUCCUCUCUUCAUCCCUUGCCAUAGCUGACAAGUGCUAA